AUGAUAUCUUCAAGAAUGUUAUCUCAUGACUCAAGAUCUAAUAGACAAACUCCAAAUAAUAUUCUUUCGAAUCAAAUAACACCAUCAAGAACUCAUUCAAGAUCUAGUAGUCACAUUUCAAAUGAUUAUACACCUUCAAGAACUUAUAAUUUAAGAUCUAGUAGUUACAUUUCAAAUGAUUAUAUACCUUCAAAUCGAUCAACAGAAACUUUAGAAUGA